UGUGAGGAGUUGGGAAUGGAUUUAGUUCAGUCCUAGGUUUGGGUUCAUAGGUGGGAAGAUUAGAUAAUAGGUUAGGAUUUAGGAGAGAUCGGCUUUUGGAGUUGGAUUUUAGAGGUGGUUUUGAUAAGAGUGGAGAUAGUUAUUGAUGAGGGUUGGAGAGCCAGGGUUAUAUUUUUAGAAGAGAGUUUUGGUUCCCAAUCUAUAUAUCUUUGAUUGUCUGUGGUUACUGGGAGUUAUUAUUAAGCUUCUCUUAUCUCAUAAAUGAAAGUGGUGUCAUUUAAAGCCUUCCAUCUCAUAUCAGCAUUUUGGGUGCAUAUCAAUGGUCUGGGAUAAAAUUUAAAGAAUUUUUAAAUUUCCUGGCUAUUGGCUCCAAGGCUAGCCCAGAGAUUGUACUUUAUAUUUUUGAUAGUAUAUUUUUCUCAAAACUAUGUAGAGCAAAAUAAUUAGCAGGCUUCAGAUAUCCAUGAAUUAAUAAAAUACUUUUAAAAACAAACUCUGAAAUUUUUAGUUGUUUCUAACUAAAAGAGUACAGGAUGUAAGUAACCUCAAGUUUAAAGCUGUCUAGAAUCUGUGUAUGUUUUAUUUAUCUUUACAGAGAAUAAAUCAAACUGCACGCAUUCAUCAUUUUGGAAAUUUAUUUUAUCAAAAUUAGUAAUAUUUAAAACUUUGAUAUCGAUGUAUCCCUUAACUCAAAACUCAAUAUUCUUUAGAAACUCAGUUGUUGCUCAUAUAAUGAGACUGAGCCUCUUGUCAAGAGCGUUAAGUGGGCAAGCCAUUCUUGAAGCCCAGAUAUGCUCUUUUAGUGUCUGUUCAAGGACCAUAUGAACAAUGAUUGUUAUAGCCAGGAAUUAAAGGGGUUUUGUCUAAAAAUUAACCAGAGCAUAACAUUUUAAAGUAUGGGAAUUACAUUAUCAAAUUUUCUCCUAAAUUGAGAAGAUGUACUUUUCAAAAACAAUAAUAUUCUGAUAUAGCUUCUUCUGUUUAGAAAACACAUUUGUAUUUGAAGAUGGUCAGGGUGUUGCUAGGGGAGAUUACUAGGUCUUGUGUUGUGCGUAUGAACAUAGUUCUGUCUAGCCACAAACAGAGCAGAAUUUAGCAGAAGGCAAGAUUUAACAGAAGACUAAAAUGGAGCUGGGGCUCAGGAUGAGCUCCAUUUCCCUAGUAGCAAAUUCUGACCUCCAACUUCUUUCUUUUUGAGAAAUCUCCAAAUAAUCACUGAGUCUCCUUCAUCCUUUUCACACCCUCCUCCU